GUCAUGUCUAUUGUCUGUCAUAUUCAUAUUAGAGAUUGCAUCGUUAGGUUGUGGCACCCUUUACUCGUGAUUUUGAUUAGAAAGGAUUGUUUAUUUUGUUUUUCUUUCAAUUCAGAAGUGAUAAAAAUUAACAGAAAAAAUGACGGACAAUAUAGAAGAAAAAGUGAUAAUGACCCCAAAGUGCAAGACUGCCACAUCCACAACUCUGGUAGUUGAGAGGAAGGUGGUGCAAGCGGAGGCCAGUGACAAGAUACAUGUGGCUGGAGGGGACCACACUGGCAUCAUUAUCAACAAGGAACAAGUUUAUGAAAACGGCGUAACAGAGCCAUGUCACGCGCAACUCGAAUUCCGAGUGUACCUAGUGUCAGCCGUAAACGGCUCUCACACUCGGGAGGCGCGCGCGCUCCGAUUCUGGUUCAAACCGCAAAUGACGCCCGGGGAACGGCCCCACGAGGCGCAGGCCUUCUUCAGGGAGCUGGUCAGCCCGCAAGACUUCCCAAAAGAUUACGUGGGAUUCAUUAAGAAGAUAAUAAAGCUUAUGCAACACAAAUACCUCCAAUUAAAGAUUUUAGAGAUAGAGUUACGACAAGAAGGGACGGGAACUCCACCUCCAGAACCAAAUGGCGUUAUUUCAAGUAAGACAUAUACUUACGUCUAUUGUAAUGGCUCGUUUAUUGAAGAAAGUGCGGCAAACCAAACGCCUGUAAUAUCCGAACAGAGAGUACUGGAUAUGAUCGAGAAUGCUUACCCCAACCCGUUGACCGUGGAUCAUUUCAUCACGGCAGGAAAAUGGUCGAAAGCAGAAGUGAAGGACGCCCUGGAGGCGCUAGAAGAAAAGGGCCUCACACGGGCCAUGUCGGACGGACUAUACAUUCGGCAGCACAGCGUUGACACACAGGUCGUGAAACAAAUGCCAACGUUAUGUUCAUCGCGACAGCCAAGCAUAGCUAUAAUAACCGCGCUGUACUGCGAAAAGCAAGCUGUGGACGCCAUGAUGGACAAUCAAGAGACAUUCGUGCGGUAUACGACAGUCGGCGAGUCUAACGUGUAUACGUUGGGCACUAUCGGAGCACAUCGCGUGGUGACCACAAAACUUCCCUCCGUGGGUCGUACGAGAGAAGCGAUGACGGCAGCAGGCAACACAACCACAAGACUUCUUGGCACUUUCCAAAAGGUGGAGUAUGUGUUCCUCGUGGGCGUCGGCGGCGGCGUGCCUCACUAUACCGACUACGAGCGCCACGUCCGGCUUGGAGACGUCGUGGUGUCCACCCCUGCGGCGGAUCUGACUGACAAGAGUGUUUACGUGUUCUGUGAGAAGGCGGAGCGCAACGAGAAAGGCGGUUGGGACUACGAAGUGAAGCCAUAUAAGCCGGACAGUUUCUUGCUUCAAGACAUCGCAAUGCGGCUGAUGCGGGCGCACGCGCCUUGGGACUCCUACGUCAAUGAAGGGUUGGAACGACUGCAAGGCGUACCAGGACGCUGGGAGGCGCCCGUUGGCGGUUCGGACCGCCUCACCAUGGACGUCGGCAACGGAGCCUUCAUUGAGGUCUCGCAUCCCGCUCCCAGCGGCGACCAAGUAGACCGCGGCGGUCUGCGCGUGCACUGCGCGCCGGUGGCGGGCGGGCGCGCGGUGUCGUGCUCGGGCGAGGCGCGCGCGGCCUUCGCGGCGCACGCGCGCGCGCACGCCUACGACUGCGAGCUCGACGCCGUGCUCGACUCCGUCAAGGGCAACAGGAAGGACUGCUUCGUCUCCAUCAGGGGUAUAUCCGACUACCGCGACGGCACGCGCGGCAAGGAGUGGCAGCCGCACGCCGCGCUGGCCGCCGCCGCCGUCAUGAAGGCCAUAGUGGCCGCCAUGGACCCACCGACGGACUAACCCAUUAACCUUACUUUUACUACAGAUGCACCGGAUAGUGAUCUACACUCCGACCGGAUCUCUCUCUCUCUCUUUAGCCUUUUUCUACCCUUUGGGUGUAGGCCUCCUUCAUUUUGCGCCAUUCGUCGCGAUUCUGCGCGACUUGGAGCCACUGUUUCCCCACAGUCUUCUUAAUGUCGUCGUCCCAGCGCAUCUGGGGUCUACUUUGAGGACGCUCUUCCUCCCAUGGUCGCCACUCGAGUAGUCGUUUGCUCCACGAAUCGGUCUUCCGUGCUAUAUGACCAGCCCAUUCCCACUUCAAAUUAGCUACGCGUUUUAUCCGACCGGAUACCAGAUAGUAACUGCUUGAUUUCGGAGUAAACAAAUUGGAUUUAAGAAACAGUCACGGUCAUAAUCGUACUCUUUUAUUAUUUUAAAAUUAUUUAAACAUUCCACUCACUUGCUCGCGCACACAUUUCGAUCCUAAAAAUGAGUCCAUGCGAACGUUCACUACGAAACAGAUAAAAACCUGCACAAUGCGCACAUGAAAAACCGAAAUGUAGUAUAGUUCCGUCGGCCGGAUAUUUGGCCGAUGGUCAGGCCGAACAUCCGGUAUCCGACGAAACAACUAUCCGUUGCAUCUCUAGUAGGUACUCUACCCAUACCCAUAAGGCCAAUUGCACCAACCAUAACCGACGGACUUAAUGCCAGUUGCACCAACCACAAUUAGCGGACUGAUCAACGUCACUCGGCAGUUAACAAUGAAAUUUACCGUACAAUACAAUUUCGCAAACGUUCUAACGGUGACAGACGGUUUGGUGCAACCCACUCAUACCCUCUCUUCUCAUUAUAAAGCCUAGCAUACAGUCACAUCGUAGAAUGGUAUAAAUGCAUGAACGAUUGUGCGUCUUUACAUUACAUGAAUCCUGGCAAGGUGGCCAUGUGAGGGCUUUCACUAUCUGUGCUUUAUUUUAUUUUAUUUUAUGAACUAAUUUAAAGCAUUACUGUUAGGAUCAACGCUAGUAGAUAAUCCUAUUUCACCACUGCCCUAGUAAUAAAUUAUAACUAAAGGCUCUUCCUUCGCUGACUGAAUGUUUAAAGUGUUUAUUACACUACCUUUCUAGUAUUUAUUGACAUUCCCAUAAUAUACCCCUAAAUAAGAUGAUAUAGAAAGGACACUUAGGACAAGGAAUAGGGAAUAUUACGCGAAACUCUGCGUAGGGGGCGCCACUACCACAAUCUGAAGAUCUAUCGCGAAACAAGAAAAUUAAAAUUUCGUUAUUUACCAUCUCUGUCACUUGCAUAUUCGAGCGAUAAAGAGGCAGAUAGCGAAAUUUCGGAUUCGCGUUUCCCGGUAUGUCCACUGUAAACAAACCGCCUUGAUGCAUCAAUGUCAUACUUUAUUAGCUCUGAAAACUUGUCAAAAACCUGUUAAAAAGGUACAGUAGGUACGUAUAAGUUACUCUAUGGUUUACUAAAGGGGCUUAUUAGUGCUGCACUCUGGUAGCAGAACAUUGAAGUAAUACGAACGCGCGUAAUUAUACCGGGUGUUUCCUGUAACAGGAGCAAUAAAUUAGGCUGUAGGCUGUACUCCUCAAACUGACCAACAUUUGUUCAGCAACUUUUAAAAAUAACUUGUGUACUUUCAUUACACUAAAGUGUAUUCUAUUGUAAAGUUUAUUCUAAAACGCAAUGUAUUGCCGGCGGUCAAUGACACUGUGCGAGCGGGACAGCAAGCGCGUGCGAUAGAGAUAGGAACAUCAGGCGGGUCAAUGUAUGAAAUUUCUUGUCCUAAGUGUCCUUUUUUUAGAUCAAAAUCAAAUAUUAGACAUUCACGUUAUGCCUAAAAUUAUAAGCCAACUACUUAAGAUAGUUUUGCCUAGAUUAGAAUUAUAUUGUCAAUGACUAUAAAGUUACAAUAGUAUCAAGAAAAUUUACUUAAGUCUUUAGACUAGUAAAUUAAUUUACAGGAUUACUUGCCUUAAAUUUGGCUGUUAUGAAAAUUUACAUAUAAAAUGUUUUAUCUGAUCUAAGAUUUUUUAAUGUGGACUGUGAAAGUUCAAGUACUAAAUUGUAUACACUUUUCAGUGAGAUUUCGUAGAUUGGAGGAUCAAGACUCCAUUUUAAGUAUAUUUAUUGUGACCAGGCAGAUGCUGUUGCCAUAAGAGUGUGUCAAAUGUGCAGCUCAAGUUGGAACUUCCAUUGCCAAAAAGCUAUUCAUAAUUUGCUCCGUACUUUCUGGACAGCUAAUCGUGAUAGUGAACUCGUACAGUGGAGUUGCUUAAAUAAAGAGUUGGUGAUUAUUUCUUCUACUUUCCAUUAUCACGAUUACUUCACUCUACUAACAUAAUUUUAUAUUUGUCGAAGCAAAGAGAAAACAGUUAAAGUUAACGUUUGAUUUUGUACUAAGCAUAGUAUGCCUCUCUA